AUGAGACGUCUUCUGAUUCUGGGUGUGCUGCUGGGCAUUGGACAGGUAAAUUAUAUUGUUGCUUGAGUUAACAGGUUGUUUAAAUUAUUCUGUGCUUACUCUCAAAGGCGGCACAGGAUAUUUUUGGGGUUAGGGGGCGCAGAAUUAUUUGAAAAACGAAAUAUAAAGCUUUUUUAUGGAAUUUUGGUUUCUUAGGUUUAAAAUACGGGCAAGAGCUUGUCAUCGAACAUCAAGUUCUAAUUAUGUUAAAGCUGCAAAAAAGUUUUGUCGUUUUUUAACACUGUUUUACACGUAAAAUACCGAAAAAAAAUUUCUUAAAAAGAUUACUGUGACUAUAAUAGUAAUCUUUUUGAAAUUAAAAUGUAAAAUACGUUGGGUAAAUUUGUUUAUCACUAUUAACAUAUCAUUUCAGCUAGCCACUGGAGCAGCUGAAAACGGAAUCCUUGGUGAUCCGUAUGUGAGUUGUGGUCCAAAUGGCAUUGAUGUUCGUUUUGAUACCCGCAACCCAUUCAAAGGUGUAGUUUUCGUCAAAGAUCAAUUAGAAUGGCCAGAAUGCCGAUCAGCUCCAAUUGAUGCUGAGUCUGAUGGCUUCAGAAACGCUUCAAUCAGCUUGAACUUUAAGGAUUGCGGACUUGAGAGAAGGAGAUCAGUAAGUUGA